AUGAAAAAUUACACUACAGCAUCUCACUUUAACCUCACCAUGCAUUUGAAUUUAGAGCCUUACCGUAACUCAUCUUUUGUACUCUCUUUCCUGCUGUUUGCAAUUAUUGUCUCUGCUAAUCUUCUUAUAACACUGAUAAUAUCAUUGAACAGAGCACUUCAUGAGCCCAUGUAUAUUUUUGUUGCUUUUUUAUCUGCCAACUCUCUGUAUGGUUCUACUGGUUUCUUCCCCAGAUUCCUCAUGGACCUUCUGUCUGAUACUCAUUUAAUCUCACGCCCUGCUUGUUUUAUUCAGAUCUAUGUUAUUUAUACAUAUGCUUCUUUUGAAAUGACCAUUCUGAGCAUUAUGGCAUAUGAUAGAUAUAUUGCUGUCUGCCAUCCUUUACACUAUCACAGCAAAAUGACCCCUAACACAGUCUGUAAGUUGGCAGCUUUUGCUUGGAUCUGUCCAGCCUUUUCUGUUGCAAUUUGUCUUUAUUUGUCCAUCAGGCUUCCUUUGUGUGGUAACAAAAUCCUAAAAGUAUACUGUGCCAUCUGGAACGUUGCUAAACUGUCAUGUGUCACCACUAUUAUCAACAAUAUUGUUGGCUUGCUUGUCACCACAGUUACAGCAAUUCUGCCCCUGACCUUUGUCUUGUAUACCUACUUUCGAAUUAUGCUUGUGUGCAGGAAAAGCUCAUCCGAAUUCAAGAAGAAAGUGUUCCAAACCUGCUUGCCACAUACUAUUUCAUUCAUCAGUUAUACCAUUACAGCAGUUUGUGACAUUGCCUUAAGUCGUCUUAAUGUUGAAAAGCUAAACCCACUACUUGCUGUAAUUUUAUCAUUGGAGUUUGUGAUCAUACCUCCACUUCUGAACCCUCUUGUGUAUGGCCUGAAGUUACCGGAAAUUAGAAGACACAUUUUCAGGAUGUUUUCAUGUUUAAAACCUCUUUCUUAA